GGGGACACGAACGCAGGUGCUUAUCUCCUCACAGUCGCAGGCUCUGGAUGUCAUAUCAUGGCAACUACCUUCCACAGAGACUGCGUUAGAGUUUCUGCCCAGCACACAAGGGACGGCAGAAAGAGAAGUUUGGGAAACAAGCAGAAAAAAAUGAAUUUCAGGACUUCUCACUAAAGUAUACAGAUAAUCAGUCACUGAGUGAUCAGGGCUAGCUGAGUUUUCCUACUAGGUACCUGGAGAAAGAGAGAGAUGGAUGCAGAGGCUGAAGACAAAACACUACGGACCCGUUCUAAAGGAACCAAGGCAAUGCCCAUGGAUUCUCUAAUCCAGGAGCUCAGUGCCACGUACGAGUGCCCCACGGUGAGGAAGAGGAGAGCGGAGGAGCAGGCGCUGGGUGUGCCCGUCAACAAGAGGAAGUCCCUGCUGAUGAAGCCUCGGCACUACAGCCCCCACGCAGAGGGCAAGCAGGACUGUGGCGACGGCCGAGAGGCAGAGGAGGACGGCAGCCUCGGGGAAGCCAACCAUCGCCUCCCCACAGAAGAAGCAAUGGUGAAAGCUCUGGAUGAGAACCUUCCUUCGGUGGCACCAGAUCACACCCACGGGAAGGAGGACAGAUAUGGCUGUUACCAAGAGCUGGUGGUCAAGUCUCUGAUGCACUUGGGGAAAUUUGAAAACAAUGUGUGUGUCCAGUCCCUGAGCGACAACUUCAACGACAGCGGCAUCCAGUCUCUCAAGGCGGAGAGCGAGGAGGCCGACGAGUGCUUUAUGGUUCACUCGGACGACGGGAAGGACAGGGCCGACGAGUCCCAGCUACAGUUCUGCUCCUCGGAGGACAGUGAGAGCAACUCCGAGGGCGCAGAGAACGGCUGGGACAGCGGGUCCAACUCCUCGGAAGAAACCAAACCGUGCAGAGUCCCAAAGUUCCUUCUAGUGGAUCGUAGCAAAGACCUACUGGAAAUCCCCGAGAUAAAAACUGAAGCUGACAAGUUUCUCUCCUGUGAAAGCCUGUGUGACUCGGAAGCCGGCGGGAGAGACCCCCAGAGGGCCCCCCUGGACGCGCUGGGGGGUCCAGCCCAGCCCUCCUUCCAAGGGGUGGAGGAGGGUGACAAGGAGCACCCACGGGCGGGGUCCAAGGAGCCCACGGACCUGGAGAAAGCCAAAGGAAACCUCAGUCUGCUGGAGCAGGCGAUCGCUCUGCAGGCCGAGCGGGGCUGCGCCUUCCAGAACGCCUACAAGGAGCUGGACCGGCUCCUGCUGGAGCACCUCGCGGGGGACAAGAGGCAGACCAAAGUCACCGACGUGGGCGGAAGGCAGAUCUUCAGCACGAAACAUUCACCGCGGUCUGAGAAGCGAGAGACCAAGUGCCCCAUCCCGGGCUGCGAUGGCACGGGGCACGUGACCGGCCUCUACCCCCACCACCGGAGCCUUUCAGGGUGUCCCCACAAGGUCCGGGUCCCCCUGGAAAUUCUUGCCAUGCAUGAAAAUGUACUCAAGUGUCCGACCCCAGGGUGCACCGGAAGGGGUCACGUCAACAGCAACCGGAACACCCACCGGAGUCUUUCUGGUUGUCCAAUUGCUGCAGCUGAAAAGUUGGCAAUGUCCCAGGACAAAAGUCAGCUUGAAUCUCCAAAAUCCGGCCAGGGUCCUGACCAGAUGCACAGGACAAGCUUGGUGAAGCAAAUUGAAUUCAAUUUCCGAUCCCACACCCUCUCCUCUCCCAGAGCUGCCAUGUCCAAUGAACAAGAGAAGUUUGGGAAAGUGCCAUUUGAUUAUGCCAGUUUUGAUGCCCAGGUUUUUGGGAAACGUCCCCUCACACAAACAGGGCAAGGACGAAAAACACCACCAUUUCCUGAAUCGAAGCCUUUCUCCAAUGCAGGGAAACUUCCUAGCCGCCUGCCCAGUGCGGGCGCCCGCACACAGAGCCCGAGCCACGCCAGCUCUUGCAGCUACGGUCAGUGCAGUGAAGACACCCACUUAGCAGCAGCUGCCGCCAUUCUGAACCUUUCCACCCGCUGCAGGGAAGCUGCUGGCAUCCUCUCCAGCAAGCCGCAGAGCCUGCAUGCCAAGGGAGCCGAGAUAGAAGUGGAUGAAAAUGGCACACUGGACCUAAGCAUGAAAAGAAACCGCAUCCUGGACAAGGCUGCACCCCUAACUUCUAAUACUUCUGCCCCGACUCCCUCCUCUUCCCCCUUCAAAACAAGCAGCAUUCUGGUCAACGCGGCCUUCUACCAGGCCCUCUGCGACCAGCAGGGCUGGGACACGCCCAUCAACUAUAGCAAAACCCAUGGGAAGACAGAGGACGAGAAAGAGAAAGACCCAGUCAGCGCCCUAGAAACUUUAGAAGAAAAGAAGUUCCCUGGAGAGUCCUCUAUUCCUAGUCCUAAACCCAAGCUCCAUGCAAGAGAUCUCAAAAAGGAACUAAUCACAUGCCCAACACCAGGAUGUGAUGGAAGUGGUCACGUGACAGGGAACUACGCGUCCCAUCGGAGUGUUUCUGGAUGUCCUUUGGCAGAUAAGACUCUUAAAUCUCUCAUGGCUGCCAAUUCCCAGGAGCUUAAGUGUCCCACCCCCGGCUGCGACGGCUCCGGGCACGUGACGGGGAACUACGCGUCCCACCGCAGCUUGUCUGGCUGUCCGCGGGCCAGGAAAGGCGGCGUCAAAAUGACUCCCAUGAAGGAAGAAAAGGAAGACUCUGAGCUCAAAUGUCCUGUCAUGGGGUGUGACGGCCAAGGUCACAUAUCAGGCAAAUAUACCUCCCAUCGCACGGCUUCUGGCUGUCCGCUGGCUGCCAAGAGACAGAAGGAGAAUCCGCUCAGCGGGCCCCCCCUCUCCUGGAAACUGAACAAGCAGGAGCUCCCACACUGCCCCUUGCCGGGCUGCAACGGGCUGGGCCACGUCAACAAUGUGUUUGUUACGCACAGAAGCUUAUCUGGAUGUCCUUUAAAUGCACAAGCCAUCAAAAAGGGCAAGGUUUCAGAGGAGCUGAUGACCAUCAAGCUGAAGGCUACUGGAGGGAUAGAGAGUGAUGAAGAAAUUAGGCAUUUGGAUGAAGAAAUAAAGGAACUGAAUGAAUCAAACCUUAAAAUUGAAGCAGAUAUGAUGAAACUUCAGACGCAGAUCACGUCGAUGGAGAGCAACCUGAAGACCAUCGAGGAGGAGAACAAACUCAUCGAGCAGAACAACGAGAGCCUGCUGAAGGAGCUGGCGGGCCUGAGCCAGGCGCUCAUCUCCAGCCUGGCCGACAUCCAGCUCCCGCAGAUGGGGCCCAUCAGCGAGCAGAACUUUGAAGCGUAUGUAAAUACCCUCACAGACAUGUACAGCAACCUGGAGCAGGACUACUCCCCGGAGUGCAAGGCGCUGCUGGAAAGCAUCAAGCAGGCCGUGAAGGGCAUCCACGUGUGAGCACCCCGGCCGGGCAGCAGGGACCCACGAAGCAGGGCAGAUGGGCCCGGCGGCUGCCCUGCACCCCGACACACCUAGGGCCCUGGGUUGCGUCUGCAGUUACAACAUUGCACUAACUUCCCCCCAGCUGACACUGAAAAAAAAAAAAAAAAGGAAAGAAAACUUAUGGUAGACUCAUUGGAUUAGAAGCAAUGCAGUCGAAUAUUAGAUCUUAUUUAUUUUCGUACGUUUUCCUUUUCUUUCUCCAUUGCACUCUCCUGAUGUGUUUUGUAAAGUAUAUAUAAAAUAAAUGUGACAUUUUUAUAUUUUAUUUAUUUCUAAUCAAAGAGUUUUUAUCUUUUAAUUGCAUUUUGGAGUCUGCCUAUUUUUUAAAGUGUGUCUAUUAAUUUAUUUUGCAAUAGAAUUUAAAUAGAAAAUUCUAUGACGCUUGCUGGGUUGAAACGAAGCGAUGAAAGUGUGAAGGAAGUCCCUGCGUCAGGACUGCACUAAGGUCCAAUUUGGUGUGUGUUGCACAGCCCCUCCCGCCCCGCCCCGCCCCGCCCUCCCCGUGGGUGAGAAGCGGGCUUUGCUGUGCGGAAGGGAUGGAAAGACAAGGGCGCCCUCUGCAGGGCACAGAGCAGCCACAGAAGCACAGUGUCGCACAAAAAACGGCCUGUUGAGGAAUUGUUAGCAAUAAUUAAAUAUAGCAAUCGCAAAGUAUUACACUUGGCUGUACGGUUGUAUUUAAUAUGAAUUAUUUAUACGAAAUGUUUUAAAGAGACAUACGUUUUUCCCCCGUAGUGAUGCAGAGCUUUCUGUUUUUCAAAUCACAUUCGAAAGUUGGCAACUCUCAUCCCAAGACGAGAAAUAAAACUUGCUGUGACCAGCCAGGCUUCCCCGCCAUAUGUUGGUACAAUGCACAAGCCACAAUAUUGAUUCGAUAUGUUCCUAGCAAAUGCAAACACGUCCAAAUGGAAAAUGUUGUAGAUACUCUAUCCCCUGAAAUAGCAUUUAUCUUACUGGGUUGACUGGAAUGGAAUAGCAAACAGAGUAACACAUGGGAAAAGACGGUAGAACUCUAGGCUGAGUCAUUAAACGCCGGCGACAUUGUUUUACUCUAGGACACAAGACAACCUUACAUUUGAUUUAGGAAAAAAUCCCUCCCUAACUUCAAGUGCUUCGGAGUACACUCGCUCACGCGUUCACACCCACGUCCACUCGGUGUGCUACACUCGUACAGAAUUGAGCCUGCAAUCUUGAAUUUCUGGGUGAAUCGGUUUCAUAGUUGCUAUAGUGAAGGCAAUGUCUAUUUCAGGGAUUGUAAAGUAGUUAAGCAUUGUUUCAAAGGUUUUUUUAUAUUUAUUUUUUUUAAGAAAAAGGUAUAGACAACCAGCUAAACUGCCUUUGGUGUGCACACAUGUGGUGUGCAGUGUGCCUCCGUGUAAAUGGACACUUAGUGUGGGUUUACUUUUCUGUGUUAUAACGAAAGUGUUUAUUUUUUACUAGCCUCGUGGGUCUGUAGUUUGAAUGUGAUGGCAUUCAGAGGCUUGCUAUAUUCCACUGUAUCUACUGUUACCCGCACAAACCCAGUGUGAUAUCAGCAGUGACUCCACGCCUGUGACACCGUGGUGGCCACAAUCAUGUGUUCGGUGGGCUUACCUGUGAUUUGGGGUUCUUUCGAACCCUGGAAUCUUAGCUUAGUGAAAAUGAGAUGUCUGUUCAUAGGUAGGAAUGGUGUUUAUUUAAAAAUCAAUUUUAGGGGGCUGAAGAGAUAGUGAGAGGGUAGGGCGCCUGCCUUGCAUGCAGCCAACCCGGGUUUAAUCCCCGGCACCCCUAUGGUCCCCUGAGAAUUGCCAGUAGUGACCCUGAGUGCAGAGCCAGGAGUAACCCCUGAGCAUCUCUGGGCGUGACCUCAAAACAGAUAAGAAUAAUCACUUUUAAGAGAGAGCUACCAUAUGUGCUAUCUAUUAUCAAUGGGACACCAGACAAAGUUUUUAAUUUAAGUUAUGUACUUGCAGACAUUUGCUAUACAGUACUUGAUAGAUGCAUACAAAUGAAUUCACUUAUUACAAAGACAAAUGUUUAAUUUGCUAAAUAUUUUAACAGGUUUGUUACAUAUUUUAUUUAAUUUAAAGAAAAAUCUCUUACCAACCUAUGUAUUUAUUGUUAUGAUUUACUAUGCCUUCAGGUUAAUUGAUUUGUGUUGCAUAGUUUCAGCAGGAUGUUUUGUGAAGUACAUUCGUAUUUAUUUGCCACCUUUGUACUUGAUGUGUUUUGUAAUGUGCACUGAAUUUUUUUCCUUUCAACUAUGUUAAUGAUUGAUACUGUAAAUUGGGUCUUUUGUAAACAAAAAAGGCAACGUUGUACGCAUUUUUUUUUAAUUUGAAGUAGUUUGUAUACUGUUUCUUCAAACAAUUAAUAUUUCUUACAUCAAAGAAACGAAAUUGUGUUCAGUGCUGUACAUUUGGUGUAUGGUAGAAAAUAAAAUAUUGA